GAGUGGCUCAGCGCGCCCGUGACGGAACGACGAGGCGUGGGGAAGUGCGACCUCGCCCUCCGGGCCCGGCCCCCGCCCCUUGGCUUGCCGCUCCGCCCCCGCGGGGCGUCCCGGGCCGCUAGUUUCCCCAGCGGUGGCCGCGCGCGGCCCGGGGUCGCCCAGAAAUCAAGCAACAACAGCUCUUGGAGAGAGGCUAAGUGUUUCUUGACUUCUAUAGUGACAAAGACCUGGAGAAAGUUGGUACUUCUGGCCUACUCUGCCAUCAUCCCACCACCCAGUCCAAGACAGCCUGGGCUGGACACCAGUGCCUCCUUUGUUCUCUGUGAUCAUCAAGAUUAGCAUUUGACUGUUUAUUUGCAAGUCUCACAGACCCAGCCCUCAGAUCUUCAUAUUCUGGUUCUCAGCUGCUCUUGCAGGACAGUGACUUGUUGCCACCACCACAGCAGAGCCUGCCAUCCCCAACAGAUCUCCAGUCAGCCCCUGACAUCACCCCUCCCUUGCCUCCCUUUGUGGCCUCCUAAAUGCCCAUCUCGUCGGCCUGGGUUCAGCUGGUGGUAUGGAGGGGUGCUGCCUAGCACUGACCUGGGAGUGUGUGUGACCCACUGACCCAAUGAUCCUCAGUUAUACUUGACAUUUACGAAGGCCAAGUUCUCUACUGGUUUUCUCCAUCCCACCAAGUCGCAGGUAGGCCAUGGAUAUGACCAGAUUUAGGAAGAGAUUCAGAUGCUUCCAAAGGGACAUCAAAGGCCAGUUUUGGAAUGAUGAUGAUUCAGAGGGAGAUAAUGAAUCAGAGGAAUUUCUCUAUGGAGUUCAGGGGAGCUGUGCAGCUGACCUAUAUCGACACCCGCAGCUUGAUGCAGACAUUGAAGCCGUGAAGGAGAUCUACAGUGAGAACUCUGUAUCCAUCAGAGAAUAUGGAACUAUCGAUGACGUGGACAUUGACCUCAACAUUAACAUCAGCUUCCUCGAUGAGGAAGUCUCUACAGCUUGGAAGGUCCUCCGGACAGAACCUAUUGUGUUGAGGCUGCGAUUUUCUCUUUCUCAGUACCUUGAUGGACCAGAACCGUCAAUUGAGGUUUUCCAGCCAUCGAAUAAGGAAGGGUUUGGGCUGGGUCUUCAGUUGAAAAAGAUCCUGGGUAUGUUCACAUCCCAACAAUGGAAACAUCUCAGCAACGAUUUCUUGAAGUCCCAGCAGGAGAAGAGGCACAGUUGGUUCAAGGCAACUGGUACCAUCAAGAAGUUCCGAGCUGGCCUCAGCAUCUUUUCACCCAUCCCCAAGUCUCCCAGUUUCCCUAUCAUACAGGACUCCAUGCUGAAAGGCAAACUUGCUGUACCAGAGCUUCGGGUUGGGCGCCUCAUGAACCGUUCCAUUUCCUGCACCAUGAAGAACCCCAAAGUGGAGGUGUUUGGCUACCCACCCAGCCCCCAGGCAGGUCUCCUGUGCUCCCAGCACGUGGGCUUCCCUCCCCCAGCACGGACCUCUCCUUUGGUCAGUGGUCACUGCAAGAACAUCCCCACUCUGGAAUAUGGAUUCCUUGUCCAGAUCAUGAAGUAUGCAGAGCAGAGGAUUCCAACAUUGAAUGAGUACUGUGUGGUGUGUGAUGAGCAGCAUGUCUUCCAGAAUGGGUCCAUGCUCAAGCCAGCCGUCUGCACUCGUGAACUGUGCGUUUUCUCCUUCUACACACUGGGCGUCAUGUCUGGAGCUGCAGAGGAGGUGGCCACUGGAGCAGAGGUGGUGGAUCUGCUGGUGGCCAUGUGUAGGGCAGCUUUGGAGUCCCCUAGAAAGAGCAUCAUCUUUGAGCCUUAUCCCUCUGUGGUGGACCCCACUGAUCCCAAGACUCUGGCCUUUAACCCUAAGAAGAAGAAUUAUGAGCGACUUCAGAAAGCUCUGGAUAGUGUGAUGUCCAUCCGGGAGAUGACCCAGGGCUCAUAUCUGGAAAUCAAGAAGCAGAUGGACAAGCUGGAUCCCCUGGCCCAUCCUCUCCUGCAGUGGAUCAUCUCUAGCAACAGGUCACACAUUGUCAAACUACCUCUCAGCAGGCAGCUGAAGUUCAUGCACACCUCACACCAGUUCCUCCUGCUGAGCAGCCCUCCUGCCAAGGAGGCACGGUUCCGGACCGCCAAGAAGCUCUACGGCAGCACUUUUGCCUUCCAUGGGUCCCACAUUGAGAAUUGGCAUUCGAUUCUGCGCAAUGGGCUGGUGAAUGCAUCCUACACCAAACUGCAGCUGCAUGGAGCAGCCUAUGGCAAAGGCAUCUACCUGAGCCCCAUCUCCAGUAUUUCCUUUGGAUACUCAGGAAUGGGAAAAGGACAGCACAGGAUGCCCUCCAAGGAUGAGCUGGUCCAGAGAUAUAACAGGAUGAAUACCAUCCCCCAGACCCGAUCCAUUCAGUCGAGGUUCCUGCAGAGUCGGAAUCUAAACUGUAUAGCACUUUGUGAAGUGAUUACAUCGAAAGACCUCCAGAAGCAUGGGAACAUCUGGGUGUGCCCUGUGUCCGACCAUGUCUGCACACGGUUCUUCUUUGUAUAUGAGGAUGGUCAGGUGGGCGAUGCCAACAUUAAUACUCAGGACCCCAAGAUACAGAAGGAAAUCAUGCGUGUGAUCGGAACUCAGGUUUACACAAACUGAGGGGGCCCCAGCCCUCGUACCACCCCUGUUCCCCCCAGGAUCGAUCUGCCCUUACUAAAGGACUCAGGAGGAGCAGGCAAGGCUGCCCUGAGAAAUCAAGGGGCCAUUAUCAAGGGGCAGGAAGAGACUAGAAGAGGCAGCCUUCACGGUGGAGAUUGACCCAGGAACCACUCCACAUUUGGAUGGACCAGACUGAUCCCCUGUCCCUGAUUUUCCCAGUUGACUUUACCCUGUUUGUAAAUAAAACAAUAAAAUGGAAGGUGCUGUGGACUGGA